GUGAGAAAACAGGGGCAUAAAGAUCUUUAACAGCUUGAUUGGAAAGGCAAAGAAAACAUCUUUCCCCUUUUACAAGAUUGAAACAGCAGAGAAUUAUCUUCCCUACUCGUGUUAUAAUCCCUUGUGAAUUCACUAGCUUGUAAAAAAAUCUGGUCCCGCACCACCAUGGUGGCAAGACCCAGAGGUUAGGUAGGCAAUAUAAAGGAGUAGUGAGUACUAAGUUCGGGAGUAAUCAAUGGAAGAUCAGAAGGGUUCUGUCUGUUCGGAGCAAAGCACUGGUUCUGUCAGUUCGGUUUUAGCCGUAAUCCAAGGCCAACAUCGUCGUAGUCCACAUCGAAACAAUCUCAAUUUUGCUCAAACCAGUGUCAAGUAUCCCAGGUUUUCACCGAUAUUUGAGUAUUGUAGUCCUCCUGUAGACCUUAUCAGUACCUUACCCGAUUUCCUCAUACAGGAAAUCCUCUCUUUUUUACCCAUUGAAGACGCCAUCAAAACAAGCGUUUUAUCUCGGAGAUGGUAUCCUCUUUGGACUCAAAUACCGACCCUUUCCUUCAGUCACAGCAGCUUUUGUUUUAAGCUCGCUAAAUUUGUUGAGGUCGUUAACCGAACGCUGCAGCGCUUCUCUGGUCAUACGAUCAAGAAUUUCUCGAUCAACUUCAAAUUCACUGAGUCCUUGGCCUCUUACGUGGAGGAGUGGGUUCUUUUUGCUAUAAGUCACCAUGUUGAGAAGCUCUGUCUGGUUUUUGAUGGUGGGUUGGUUUAUGCUCCGUUCGCUGAAUCAACACCUUUCUGGUUGCCUCAGUUUCUGUACGUGAAUUCAUAUUUGAAAGAUUUAACUUUAAGACAAUGUGUUGUCUCACCUGACGGCUAUGCUUCUUGGCCAUCCCUUAAGGUUUUAUCUAUCAAUUACUCGAGGCUGAAUAAUGAGGCAAUUGAAAACAUUUUGUCAGGUAGUCCGAAUUUGCGAAACUUGAAAUUGCAUAACUGUGAAAGGAUUAAACGAAUCAGUUCUAGGAGUUUGGAAGUUCUUGUGGUGGAUGGUAUCUAUGAUCCUCAUGAGAAAGAGGACUGCGUGACAGAGAUUUCGUGUCCAAAUCUUCAGUCAUUGAGCCUAUUGGGGUUCAUGUACCGGAGAACGUAUAGGUUGAUGCAUGUUUCGUCUUUGUCGAAAGCUAAUCUGGGUUUUGUGAUGACAAUUGACAAAAAAGACAAGUAUGAUUACACAAAGCACCGAUACAUCUUGAGGGAACUGCUAGAAAAGCUUUGUCAUGUUGAGGAAUUGACCGUGGGGACUUGGUGCCUUCAGGUUUUAUCAAUAUGGGAAAUUAAGGGCAUAUCUUCCCCAUUGUCCAAACGCAGUUGUUUGGUCCUGGACACAGAAAUAUGUGAGUGGGAUCUUCCUGGGAUUGUGAGUCUGCUUCAAAGUUCACCUUAUCUGAAGAAACUGGUGCUAAAUUUGUCUCCCUGUGACAACUCCAAGUUUGAGUUUGAUCAGGAAUUUUUCAACUCUUACGAAUUGGAUGGAGUAGCAUUCCUGAGUUCAGCUAAUUGGAUUUUCAAGUCUUUCCUGCAAAGCCUAGAGCAUAUUGAGAUUACAGGUUUCCAACCAAGUUCUUCAGGGUCCAAACUUUUAGUAGAAUUGAUGCAAUUUCUGCUCAACGACGCAACAGAGCUAAAGAAGGUGGUUAUCUAUGAACAAAGUGGCGCUCUUUAUCGAUCCUGGAAAUCUUCCUGGCCAGACAGGAAUAUGGGGAAUUUUAAGAGAAACCAGAUUAUGAUGAUAAUAUCCAACAGCAUUCCCGUGCUGAAGUAUUCCAGUGGCUAGUUCUUUCAAGAAUUUCCGUUUUUCUUUUUCUAAGUUACAAUAUCAGACUUAUGUCAAAGCUCUCUCUAGUUCUUCUAAUACAUUGGUUUCUUUUCCUUAA